AUGACCAAUAAAAUGGCUGCCAACCACCAGGCAGGCACAGGUUCACGAGAUGGUUCAAUGGGAUUAUGGGAAGUGACUGAAGAAGUGUUAAACCAGACUGAUAUAAACUUAAAUCCCACCCAAGUCCCCAGUUACACCCACAUAACGCACAAGGCAUUGAAGGAUAUUCCCAAGGAAUAUACAAGUCCAUACAACUGCAAAGUGAGAGCUUUGGCUUUUAACAACAACAGCAAGGAACUUGGAGCAGUAUCUCUCGAUGGUUACUUUCAUUUAUGGAAAGCAGAGGACAAUUUAACAAAGUUGCUGUCUACCAAGUUGCCGCACUGUCGAGAAAAUGUUUGCUUGGCAUAUGGACAAGAGUGGUCAGUAUAUGCUGUGGGGUCGCAAGCACAUGUUUCUUUCCUUGAUCCAAGGCAACCUCAAAGCUACGUAAAAUCAGUCAGUUCCAGGGAGCGGGGCAGUGGUAUCCGAUCUGUAAGCUUUUAUGAACACAUUAUAACAGUAGGAACGGGACAAGGUUCUCUGCUUUUCUAUGACAUCAGAGCUCAGAAGUUCAUGGAAAGGCUGUGUCAAGCAAACCACUACAGUGAGAAGCUGAAACUCAAGUCUUGUGAAGAAAUUUUAAAGUUAACAACAGGGAAGGGUUGGUUGAAUCACGAUGAAACAUGGAGGAAUUACUUUUCAGACAUCGACCACUUCCCGAAUGCAGUCUAUACACAUUGUUAUGACUCCUCUGGAACAAAGCUGUUUGUUGCAGGGGGCCCGCUGCCUUCAGGUCUUCAUGGAAAUUAUGCAGGCCUAUGGAGCUAAUGAUUCCUCGUCAUGUACUGUAUUUGCAGAUCUGUUGCAUUUUAUCUCUUCUUGAGUUUUCACAUUGCAGUAAUCCUUCCAGUGUUUUAAUAUUGUGUGAAAUACACAAUAUUUUUUUCUUUCAAUUAUAUGACUGUCUUUUAUUUCUUUUAAUUUACGUCAGUACUUCUCGGAUUGUUUCCACUUCCACCUUGACAUAAGUUUCUUUCUGAAAAUGUAUGUAGAUUAAAACUGGUUCACUACUGAUAGUGAGAUAGGUUCCUUGAAUAAUUGCGUGACCACUACCAGAUUUUCUGUGAAAGUUUGGAGGGGUGUAUUGUGUGUAAAGGUACUUUGUGUCAAUUAAAUAGAAAAAAGACUUAACUGAUUUUGUGCAGGAGUGAUGCGUUACCUUCACAUAUAUUGAAAUAUGUUAAUGUUUUUAGUCCAUGUUUCUAAUGGACUUGUAAUUCUACUUGUAACAAUAUGUUGAAUGUUUUGAAGUAUAGGCCCAAUGAUGCCCAAAGAAAUUCAUAAAUUAUUAAUAAAGCUGUAUGAAUGAAAAUUGUACAUUUUUAAAUUAUGACAUCAAGGUGUUAAAUGCAAGUUUAUGAUGGAAUUUAUUUUCUGUGCUUUGAAUAGAUAUCAUAUGCUUAGUUACUUGGUGUUGCUUGGAACAAGCAAGUUUUUGAAUGGCAAAGAGACUUAGUUUGAGAGAACAGUCUUUUCAAAAUAAUUAUUGUUGGGUGCAGCUCUUCCAGUUUACAUGCCAGUUAAUAAUUGCUCUUUUUAACAAGUUAAUUUGAAGGGACCACUUUACUUUGUAUAAAAUCUGCUGUGAUAUAGUUUAGUGUUUGCACAGAAACAUUUGCUUGCAUUUGGUUCCCUUAUUAAAAUAAUCUCUGCCAGAUUCAGGUGCAGUCCUGAUUGGAAUUUUUUUUGCUUUUGUUGAAAUAGCAUAAUUGAAAAUACCUUGGUAAGAGAAGAAUUUUACAGAUUAGGAUGCAAAAUUCAUGAUUUGGCUCGGUUUAAGGUGCAUUUAAUAUUUGGUUAAUAUUUGAGACUUGAUGCUGUUGUCAAACUAGGUGGAAAAUUGUUCAGUACUAUUGUUUAGUCCAAAAUUUCUAAAACAAAUAUAAAAUACAGGAUAUACUGAGGUCAGAUAGUAUAUGUGGAAAGAAAGAACUGGUGUUUCAGGGUGAUAACAUUUCAUCAGUACUGGUCAAAUUAGAGAUUAAAGGUUUCAAGCAAGCACAGGUGUAGGAGCAAAUAACAUAAAUGAAGGUAUGUGUGUGAUAUAGUGGAAGGCGGGAUGAUUAAAUGACAAAAGGAAUGAGUGUGGAAGUUGUAGGGGACAAUGAUGGCACAUGGAAAGAGACAAAAGCUAGGUUUAGGAUAAUUGGAAAUUGCAACAGCAAAACCAUUACGAACACCUGCUGCCUGAAAAAAUUGGAGUAGUGGUUGUGAUCAGAAAGCUGUAAUCUACUAAAUAAAAAGCUAACAUAUCUGCAGAUGCUGGAUUUCAGAAACAUAAACAGAAAUUGCUGGAAAAACUCAGUAGGUCUGGCAGCAUUUGUGGAGAGAAAUCAGUUGACAAUUUGGGUCCAGUGACCAUGCCUCCUUGACUGACACAACCUGUCCAUCAUCUCUCUCACCUAUUCGCCCCACCCACCUCACUGACCAAUCCCCACCACUCCCUACCUAUCACCGUCCCACCUACUUUCCCCAGCCCCACUUCUCCUCUCUCUAUUUAUUUCUGAGCUCCCUUCCUCCUCCCCCAUUGCUGAAGAAGGGCCCUGACCCGAAACGUCAAUCUUCUUGCUCAUCUGAUGCUGCCUAGCCUGCUGUGCUCCUCCAGCUCCAUACUGUGUUAUCUCUGACCCCAGCAUCGGCAGUUCUUACUAUCUCUUACCUGAAGAGGCAUUGCUGUUCCUCAAGCUUGUGGAGUUCCAUUGGAACCUUCAUUGGAACCAUAAGAUGGUCAAGCUUGGAAUUUGACGGAGAACUAAAAUGGCAAGCAAACUAGAAGCUCUGGAUCAAGCAUGUGUACUAAACAAAGAUGUUCAGUACAGCAAAGAUACAGUUUGUAUUUGGAAGAAAUAAGUUGGCAGAGAGCAAUCUGAAAGAAUGAGACUACCAGGUGGUGUGUGUCCGGGAAAUAACUCUAAAGUGGCUGAUAUCAAUGACUGGGAAUCAAUGGCUUGAUGUUCACUGGUGAGAUUGUCAAGCAAAUGUGGUUAGAUGGAUUUGUCAGUGUUGAGGUUGGGCCUCUGCACCUUUUGCCAAACAACAGGUGUCAACCAUUUAUAUUGAUUGACUCUCUACUAAUAUCUACAAUAAGGCCACUGACUCCCACAGCUCCCUCAAUGACCUUUCUUCUGACCUUGCAUCAUUUCAGGACUCUUCUGUUUUCCUGGUUUUAUCAGCUCAGUUAUAUCUACUCUGUUGAUAUUACCACAUUUAUGCUUCCAGUAGGGUUUUUUUAUUCCUGCCACAAUAGCUGGCAGAGCCCUCAACUGUCUUCACCUUUUUCCAUUUUGUCCUUUCUUCUUUUUCAAAAUCACAAUCAGGCUUCCUUUAUCAUCACCAUUCACUUCCCCAGCUUCCAUAUUCAGUGGAUCAUCCUUUUGAAAUCUCUGCCAGAUCCAUAACCACCUUUUCCUUUCCUGAAAGCAUCCUGAAAAAAAUGAGUACCUCUGCAAUAAUCCGGUCUGCUCUUCAGUAGCCCCGGAACCUGCUCAUCAUCUUAUGGCACCCUCCUGUGUAACUGUGGAAAGUGCACUAACUAUCUUUGCACCACAUACUUUUUCACUCUUCCCCAUAAUACUACUUCCAAGUGAACUGAUUUGCUUGCAUUUCUUUAAGUUCAGUAUUCAUAAUUUGCUGUUCACAAAGUACUUUUUCAAAACUGGGACAUUUAAGAUUGUUUUGCUGAACACCUCCAUACAGAUUGUAAACAUGACUCUUAGCCAUUUAAUUUUUUUUAGCCCACUUGCUUUUUUGUCUAUCUGUCUUUGGAUUUAUAUCCUGUUUCAAUUAAAUUUAACAGAAACUUAAGAGACAGCAGUUCAUCUUUCAGUUAGGCAUUUUAGAACCUUCAAAAGACAACACUGAAUUCAACAAUAUCUGAUUAUGACAAUUGCUCCCACCUGUUUUGAAUAGUAGGUACUGAUAAUGGUUUCUCUGCCAUUAUUACUCCUCUAGGACCAUUCCUGUUGCUUCAUUCUCCUCUUACCACCUGCUUUUUCCAUGUAAGUACUCUCCUCCAAAAAGUUAGACCUUCCCCACUGUUCUUUUCUUCCACCUCCCUUUUGACUUCUGCACAUGUCCAGCUUUCUAAUUUUUUUCAUUCUGACCAAUAGUCAUUAAUCUGAAACAUUAAUUUUGCUUCUCUCUUCAUAGAUGCUGCCUGACCAACUGAAUAUUUCCAACAGCUUCUGUGUUCUUUUUUGAUUUUCACUAUCUGCAGUAUUUUUCUUCUGUGUAUAAUCUCUGGUCCAAUAUUUCAGUACACUGGGAACUAAUGUUAUUUGGCUACCUUUUUGAGAGUCGUGCACUUGCUCUAAGGAGCAAAGUCAUUGUCUCUCUUACAAACAAAAUUUACAAACUGUAAAUGUUGUUAAAAUUAAGAAAUAGCAUGGUGUGUGAAGAUUGUUAAAAUAUAUCAAGUCAUUAGAUUGGCAUUUCAAUGUACAUCUUUUGAACCCUUUUGAGUUAUAGUUUUCUUACACUGAAGUAUUUAUAUUCUACGUACAAUGAACCAAUGCCUUGGCACUAUGACUGAAAGUCCUGUACUGAGGAUAACAGUAGUAAGUUUAGUUCAUUUUAAGUUGGAAGGAUAAUUCAACACCUAUAAAUUGAAAACUGGACAUAUAGUCAAUGUUUGAGAAAAUAAGUACAGAAUGAAAAGAAUACCAAAGUGAAAUAUUGCUGAUGCUGGAAAUCUACGAAACAAAAUGCAGGAAAUACUAUGGCCUGGCAGCAACUGUGAAGAACGAAAUAAAAUUCGUGUUUCAGAUCUGUGACCUUUCAUUGGGACGUUUAUGAAAAACGUGCUGUUUAUUUAAAAGAUAAGUAUUUUUAACUUAGUUGAGAAAAGUAUCACAAGAUGCUGCUGGUUUUGUGCUGCUGGAUUAUUUUAAAAUUAUCUUCACUCACUCAGAACAAGCCAAUUCUACACAUCAUUCUGUUAUUGCAACACAGUUUCCUGAGUGCUUUCCUUUCAUCUUUCCAGUGUUUUGAAAUUAGAUUUCCUGACAAGUAAAAAUGUAGUCCAAAAGGAGAUCACUUUGAGUAAUUCAAUUUCCAAAUGAAACAGCAUUUUUACUGUGCUCCAGAUUUAAUAGAUCCCAAGUGUUUCUAUCGAGCGAUGUAGGGAAAAUAAUCUGGGGAAUUUUUUGAGCAAAUUUUUUUUGAGUACUUUUUAAACAUCUUUGAAUAAGAGCACCCAAUUGUUGGCAAUGCAGUUUAAUAUUUGUAAUCAAAUGCAGAGUUGGGGACCGUAUAAUGAAUAUAGUAUGCUAUGUGUGGUCAACACUAGUCUGUUCAAAAAUGUGUUACACAGCAGCACCACGUAGAAUGUAAUUCAGGUAUUUCAUUAUAAUAGUUCAUGCUCGUUUUGUAAUUUUGAACAAAAAAAAAGAGUUCAAGUUAAGAAUUUUUUUACAACAACCUAUACAGGCAAAAUGCCAAAGAGAGAGGGUUGUGAUUGCAGUGUGACAAAUUCUCUCUGAUAAAACUGGAGCAUGUGUACAUACCUGGAGUUAACUGGAAUUAACUAGUAUAGUAUGUCCAAUUUGGGAACCUCACUUUAGGAAGGAUAUGAAUGUCUUCGAGAGGAUAUAGAAAAGCUUUAUGAGAAUGGUUCCUGUAAUAUGGACAAAUUGGAGAAGCUGAGAUUGUUCUCCUUGGAGAAGGUCAAGAGUAGAGUUAUUUGAGGUAUUCAAGAUCUUAAGAGAUCCAGACCAAGUAAAUGGAGAUAAACUUUUCCAUUGGUAGAAGGAUAGAGAUUCAGAAGACGGAUCUUAGGUGAUUGCCAAAAGAAGCAACAACAAUAUGGGGAAAAGGCUUUUGAAGCAGCAAGUAGUUCGGUAGUUAGGAUCUAGAAUGCACUUCUUAGGGUGUCAAUGAUGCAGAUUCAGUCCUGACUUACACAAGAAAUAAUUGGACAGGCACCUGAAGAGAGAAUUUGCAGGGCUUGGGUGUGAGACUACCUGUAAUGCUUUUGCAGAAAGCUGGCAUGGACACUGGGCCAAAGGUAUUCUGUGUUGUAAUCAUUUUUAAUACAACUGAACCACUUUUGAAUGUUGGUGUUACUUGGUCAGUGUGGCCCUGCUGGUAUAAUAUCAACAUCACAAAUAAUAGCUGACAGAAUUCAGCUUGCAUUCAGAAUUGAAAAGAAAUCGGCAUCAUAGAACCAUUCUAAGUGUAAAUUAAUUUCUGAAACAAAAAAAAUCCAGAUGCUUUAAUUUUUAAUAAUGUUCUGAUGCAUUAUGCUUAUGUUUGUAUUUGCAUAUUUUGUAUUUUUUUGGAUGAAACAAACUUAACUUUAUAUUUUUGAAUAUGAAAGGACUGAAGUAACUGGAUGAAUAUUUUUGUAAAAAUCUGUUCAUUAGCUUUAUUCUUGAGACUAUCUUUUAAAUAAUUAAAUUGAAGUACUUUUUCAUUGAGUUUAAAUUGAAAGCUUAGGGUAAAUUGUCCCAACAAUUGAUCCAGACUUCCAACGGGUCAAGUACACAUUGAAUCCAUGUGCCUUUAGCAUCAAGCAGUAAAACCAUUAUUUAUUGGUAAAAUCUACUUCACUUAUAAACAACAUCGCUGGAACUGGGUGCCUGACUACUACAACAUCGCAACUUCAUUACUUUUUUACGUAAUUAGUAUGAGAUUUUAUCCCAUGCCCCUCUUCCCACAUCAAAGGGUGUCAUACUAAUAAAAAUGAUUCUAUUAGUUAGUGAAGAAAACACAGCUUGUGGUUAAAUUAUGAUCUUUGUACUAGUAAAAUAAUACUUGGAACUUGAAUUCAUGAAUGCUAUACUGUUUUAAUGUUUAAGCGAUCAUUCCUUUAAAUGAGCUAAUUUUGGAUUCCAGAUUAUCACCUUGAAGAACCGGACCAACAUUGGUUGUUUAAAAAUGUGUCCAUGCUAAGAACAAUAUUUGCCUCAAAUAAAAGAUGCUGAAUUUCACACCAGUGCAA